AAUCAAACCUCUCAACUUUAUCGUUAUUAUGUGGCUAUUGCAACAGCAAUUCUCUUUCGUAUCAAAGAAUUCACAAUUAAAUUUUGUAGGUGGUCCUGAAACAACUGUAACCAGCCACACAAAAACAAAGAAGAAGAGGAAAAUGCUAUCGUGCUCAUUCGCGAAAUCCAUAGGAAGAGGAAGAAGAGAUGAAGUAUACGUAGCAGCUGUGCCUUUGAGAGCCACAAAAGGGCCUGCCCAGUUACUCAUGUCCACUGCUUACUCUCUCAAUUUCUGGGAUUUACAGCAUUUCAUGGUCAUUAUCAACUCCUCCUCCUCCCUCCAUUCUCAGGUUUUAGUGUAUGAUUUCCAACCUCAAGAUCCGGAAAACCUAGCUGUAGCUGUUGCAGCUCUAUCUGGCAGAAAUGUACCGGGAGUUGUUCUUACAAGGACAUUGAAGAAGCUGCCUAAAAGGAAAUGCUGGUUUGUUAGCUACUCUGAGGGUGAUGCAAUAGAUGCGGCAAAUAGAUUCAACGAAGGAUGGGAUACUGACUUGAGGAUUAACCAUCAUGACUGUCGAAACUAUGCGAAUGGACUAGUGGAGUAUCUUACUGGAAUGAAAGUAGUGCUGGAGUACCUACAAAGCAGCAGCAUGGCAGGAGACGAGAUGUCAAUACCCAGAAAGGACUAAAGCAUAAUACUACUUUGUGGCAAAAGAUGUAUAGAUUAAGUCAUCAAGUAAACCUUUUGGCUUUUGACACUUUACCAGUCAAUAGAAGUUCUGCAAAUAUAUGUUCACAAGCUUUACUUACUGUAAUCUGUAAAUCACUUGUAUUCUUUCUUACACAUUUUCUUGAAUGAACUCUAGUCCUCAUAGAAAAAGGAUAGUAAUUCUUCGA